GCGAUAUGGGGGAGAACAGCGAGGCUUACCUCGCUGGACUUCUUGAAAGAGGUGUCCGCGUGCUCAUUUAUGUGGGAACGAACGACCUGGGCUGCAACUUUGUCGGUAAUUAUCGCACUGUACAGGGUAUGGACUGGAGUGGAGCACAGGUGUUUGUUGAGAAAGAAUUACAUAACUGGGAGGUGGAUGGAAAAGUAGCAGGCGAAACUAAAUCUGAAGGUCGUUUGACAUUCACUACUGUUAGAGGUGCCGGUCAUAUGGUGCCGUUCGAUAAACCAGCUGAGGCAGCUCAUCUAGUUGAACACUGGAUCGCAAAUAUGCCCCUUUGA